AAUCGGAUCGUUGGCGUCUUCUUCUUCCACCUCUCGACGCACGAGACUCCACCAGUGAACCAAAAUAUCUCUACAAUUUUAGCAGCACCAUCUUCUGAUCUCAGCUCGAUUCUCUCCGAUCGGGUGACAUCUCGUUGGUUUCUGCUCCGGUGGAUCUCUCGGCGUACAAAUUCAAAUCAUAUCUCAACCGCAACCAUAUCGGCGAUGCCUCCUCCAGCCGCUUCGUCGCGUUAUCCGUCACCGUCUCAACCGUCAGGGAAAAGCGAAGUGACAGAUCUGAAAUCUCAGCUUCGCCAAUUAGCCGGAAGCAGAGCUCCAGGAGUCGACGAUUCAAAACGCGACCUCUUCAAGAAAGUGAUCUCCUACAUGACUAUCGGCAUUGACGUCUCCUCCGUAUUCGGAGAAAUGGUCAUGUGCUCGGCGACGUCAGACAUUGUCCUCAAGAAGAUGUGUUAUCUCUACGUUGGAAACUAUGCGAAGGGCAAUCCUGAUCUCUCCCUUCUGACGAUCAAUUUCCUCCAAAGGGAUUGCAAGGAUGAGGACCCUAUGAUCCGUGGCCUUGCUCUGAGGAGUUUGUGUUCUUUACGAGUGCCGAACCUUGUUGAGUAUCUGCUUGGUCCCUUGGGGAGUGGGCUGAAGGAUAAUAACAGCUAUGUGAGAACAAUCGCUGUAACUGGAGUGCUGAAGCUUUAUCACAUCUCGGCCUCGACGUGUAUCGAUGCUGAGUUUCCUGCAACGUUGAAAAGUUUGAUGCUUCAUGAUUCAGAUGCUCAGGUAGUUGCUAAUUGCCUGGCUGCACUUCAAGAAAUUUGGAGUUUAGAAGCAAGCCACUCUGAGGAAGCGUGUCGGGAGAAGGAAUCUUUGCUUAGCAAACCACUUAUAUAUUAUUUCUUGAAUCGGAUCAAGGAAUUCAAUGAAUGGGCGCAAUGUCUUAUACUUGAGUUGGCAGUAAAAUAUGUGCCGUCAGAUAGUAAUGAUAUUUUUGACAUUAUGAAUCUGUUGGAAGACAGACUUCAGCACGCCAAUGGUGCUGUUGUCUUGGCAACAGUCAAAGUGUUUCUGCAGUUGACACUCUCCAUGACUGAUGUUCAUCAACAGGUGUAUGAGCGUAUUAAAUCUCCACUUCUGACUCUCGUUAGUUCUGGAAGUCCGGAGCAGUCGUAUGCAAUCUUGAGCCACCUUCAUCUUUUGGUUGUCCGUGCGCCAUUCAUAUUUGCCUCAGAUUAUAAGCAUUUCUACUGCCAGUACAAUGAACCCUCAUAUGUCAAAAAGUUGAAGCUUGAGAUGUUGACUGCUAUUGCAAAUGAAAGCAACACUUACGAAAUUGUGACGGAACUAUGCGAGUAUGCUGCAAACGUCGAUAUUGAAAUUGCAAGGGAAUCAAUUCGGGCAGUUGGGAAGAUUGCUUUGCAGCAGUAUGAUGUGAACGCGAUUGUUGAUAGACUUCUUCAGUUUCUGGAGAUGGAAAAGGACUAUGUCACUGCUGAAACUUUGGUUCUUGUGAAGGACCUUCUAAGGAAGCAUCCACAAUGGAGCCAUGACUGCAUUUCUGUUGUUGGCGGUAUCAGCAGCAAAAACAUUCAGGAACCGAAAGCCAAGGCGGCUCUUAUAUGGAUGUUGGGUGAAUAUGCCCAGGACAUGAGUGAUGCUCCUUAUAUUUUGGAGAAUCUGAUCGAGAACUGGGAGGAAGAGCAUUCGGCUGAGGUCCGGUUGCAUCUCCUAACCGCAGCUAUGAAAUGCUUUUUCAAGAGGGCACCUGAGACUCAGAAAGCCCUAGGAAUAGCUCUAGCUGCAGGGAUUGCUGAUUUUCACCAGGAUGUUCACGAUCGAGCCUUGUUCUACUAUCGGGUUCUGCAAUACGACGUGCAUGUGGCAGAACGUGUUGUUAGUCCUCCACAACAGGCGGUUUCAGCCUUUGCUGACACUCAAAGCAGUGAAAUCAAAGACCGUAUAUUUGACGAGUUUAACAGUCUUUCUGUGAUCUACCAGAAGCCAUCUUACAUUUUCACGGAUAAGGAACACCGAGGGCCCUUUGAGUUUUCAGACGAACUUGGAAGUACUUCCAUCACACCUGAAGUCUCCAGUGACAUUGUUCCAGCUCAGCAAUUUGAGGCAAAUGACAAGGACCUGCUUCUGAGUACUGACGAGAAGGAUGACAACAAAGGACUUUCCAGUAACAAUGGUUCCGCAUACACGGCUCCAUAUGAAAGCUCUAAUAUAUCCUCGCAAAUGCAAGAACUUGCAAUCUCCGGCCCUGCCGCGUCCGCAACUACCACACAAUCUAGCUUUGAUUUUGACGAUCUCCUUGGUUUGGGUUUAUCAACAGCUCCUGCUCCAACACCAUCACCGCCUCUUUUAAAGCUUAACGCAAGAGCUGCUCUAGAUCCACGCGCCUUCCAACAGAAAUGGCGCCAACUGCCCAUAUCAUUAUCACAGGAGUAUUCUGUGAACCCCCAAGGAAUCGCGGCCUUGACAGUUCCACAAUCACUUAUCAAACACAUGCAGAGUCAUUCCAUUCACUGCAUCGCAUCGGGAGGUCAAUCUCCAAACUUCAAGUUCUUCUUCUUUGCUCAAAAGGAAGCAGAACCCUUGGACUAUCUCACUGAGUGUAUCAUAAACUCUUCAUCGGCCAAAGCUCAGAUAAAAGUGAAAGCGGACGAGCAGAGUACCUCUCAGGCAUUCGCCACCGUAUUUGAAACAGCCUUGUCCAAAUUCGGCAUGCCUUGAAAAUAAAAACUCUUUAUGUAUCUCAAUAGAAUUCGCUGGAUUGGAUCUCUACAUUAAUACUGUUUGAGCUUUGGUGUCUCUCUCACGUUUGAUUUCGUUGUGUUCUUUGUGGUGUAGAGCGUAGAGAUAUUUUGUUAUGGAGAGGUACUUUUAUCAUUCGGCUUUUGGAAAAUGAUUUGGCCAUGUUAACGUUACAGAUUCAAUACAUUGACAUUGUUGUGGAUU